UUCAAAAGAAAAUCAAUUAACGACAGCUGAUACUGAAGGUAGUAGAGUAAUGAGAGAAACUGCAAGAGAUAGGCGCUUUAAUGUACGUUUAAGAGAUAUUCAGCAAAUAAAAACAUGCGCUCGAGACGAUCGAAUAGCAAGAGAAACCACAAGAGUGGAUCGUUUUUCAGUACGUUCAAUGGACAAUCGACUCAUGUCAAGAGAUGUUCAAGACAGUCGAACAGCAAGAGAAACUACAAGAAAAAAUCGCUUUUCUGUACGUUCAACAGGCAUUCAACAGAUGGUAUCAAACGCUCGAGUUAGUCGACAAGCACGAGAAACAACAAAACUGAAUCGCUUUCUGAUACGUGCAACGGACGUUCAACUGAUCGCAAAAGAUGUCCCAGAGGGUAAAAGCAGACAAAAAGCGAGAAUGAAUCACUUAUCUGUGCAUCUAACAGACAAGCAGCGUUUGAUAACUGAUUUGAAAGGCGGCCAAAUGACAAGAGUCAACGACUUUGUAAAUUUGAAGGGUCACCGAAAAAUAUUAUCAGGUAAGAACCAGGAUGAAGUAAGAGUAAGAAAUAGGAGCGCGAAUCAGUUUACCAUGAACUUAAAUGACAUUCAAACCAAAAUCCUUUUAUGGAAUGGAGAUGUAUCAUUGAGUAGAGAAAGAUCUCGUAGUGUGUCUAGGUUGGCGACUCAUGUAAUGCGCCUUCAAAGUGAAAUCCAAGGCUGGAAGGAUUCUGAGAUAUUUGUAAGAAGGAUGGAGACCAGAAUUGCUAAUAGCAUUCCUGUUGACACAAGAAACUUUCAACAGAGAAUGACAAUUGCAUUGAAGUACAAUCGAGUAACAAGAAUGCAAAGAACAGGUAGACUUUACACUCUUCCUGAGACCUUAAGAGACCUUUCACGCUCAGCAGCUGUGGGGGGAAAAGAUAAAAAUCACUUCCAAACGAACGCUGAACGAGCAACAAGUCAAUCUUCAAGAAAAGCAUGGUCAAAGAACACAUGUGAGUCGCAAAAUAAUCGUCGUCAGGGAAGACAAAUUCCACUAAAAAAUAUUGCUCGUCGAAGAAUAGUUGCUCUAAAUUCAAUUUCCAGAGCGAAUAAAAACGUAGAUGUUUUUCAGGGACUGGAUAAAACGUUACUGAUAAGAAAUAAACAUCAUUUCCGUCAACUGGAUUCGAGGGCCAUAUUGAAAGGCGAUGUCUUGCAAAUUAUACGAAAUCGUCAGCAAUUCCGCUCACAUGGUGAUCGCUUGAAAAAAGAAUUCGUAAGAAUAACACCAAAAGACGAUAAAAUUUACGAAAAUGCAGACAAUAAGCACACCAACAACUAUUCAGCUUCUGGUAAGACUUUAAUUAAAACUAAAAAUUCAGAAAAGGAUAAUACGGAACUCUCACCAUUUAGAAACGCUGAGGAACUGAAAUGGGUUGCAGAACAUAGACACACGCUCAAGAGAAACCACAGGACAUUUAGAUCUGUUGGAUUGGAUGGAAAAUACAACACUGGUAAAAUGAAGUUUAGUAGAUCUGUAAAAUUAGAAAUCCAGGAUCAGAAUCGAAGGGAUUUCGUCCGAAGCACCGAACUUCCAAGGUUUAAAAAUCACAGAAAUAGAGCAGAUAUUAAAGAACAUUUUAAAUCUAUUUCAAGCUGUGAUAGUGAAAUCAAAAAUAAAAACUACGAAGCAAAUAGACGAACUCUAACUCAGAGCAGAAGGAAUAACGAACAUAAGAAAAGGGAGAAUGAGCUUUUAGGAGAUUCUGGACAUUCUUCGGAUAUAGAUGUAAGAAAACUAAACAGUCAUCGAUCUUUGACGGUAAGAACAAACCAGAGUCAAAUAGUUAGCGAGGACAUGAGCAGCGUUUUGUAUUCUGCACAACUUUAUUUUCUCUCUGGGUCUAUUAAACCUCUAAAACGAGAAUAUUCUGGAACCGUAAGAGACAAAUUUACCAUUGGACGGCUAAACAAGGCAUCAUGGUCAGAUUCACUCCGGAACAUUCGACUGACGGAAAAGAAUUGGAAAAUUGUCAGAAGAAGAAAUGAAUAUUUCAAUUGCCGCAGAGAUAAUGAAAUUUCUCGGGUUCGGAAUUCAGAAGAACGAAUUUCAUCAUUAAAUGUCCCAAUUCAAGCGGCUGUUGACACUCUCAACGACCCCUAUGUACGAAGUUUGAAGAACAUGCCCAUGCAAGACACUCGAAGAAGACAUAUGUCAUCAAGAGUUUUGGAAAUAGAAAAAAAGCCAGAAACUUUGGAGUUGAUUAGAACAGCCGGUGCGAACGAUGUUCACUACACUUGGCAUGUUCGUAUGACGUUCUGGAACUCCAUUCGGGUCCUUCUGAACGUGGUUCUCGGAUUAGGAGCAAUCUUGCUGGCCUGCGACGCUCAAGAAAAGAAGUGUGCCCCUUCCGUUUUCGGCGACUGUUGGCGAUUCAUGGCUUCGACUUCGUUUUGAAAUUCCUAGCAGAAACAAUAAAUGUGGCUGCAAUGGUAUGAAAAGGCUUACAAAUGUGUUAAACGAUGUAAAGAGAAAUUCAAAUAAAACAUGAAUUUA